AUGGACGAAACAAGAAUUGCUUUCCCAUAUUCUGAUGGGGAAGAUAGAAUCAGUAGGUUACAAGAUGAUCUAAUUCACCACAUCCUCUCUUUCAUUGAUACUAACUAUGCUGUUCAGACUAGCGUUUUAUCUAAGAGAAGGAUUGAUAUUUGGAAAUCUCAGCCUUUUCUAAAGUUUUACACGAGUAUGUUUUCGAAUAUCAUCAAGUUUAUAGAUUUUGUUGACAUGGUAUUCAUAUUUCGCGGUGACACCGAUAUUCAGUUGUUUCUUGUGGAGUGGGUGAACUCUCCUGCAGAUGAUGAUAUGGUGACAAUGAAUGUUCAUAGAUGGAUUGCUCAUGCUAUUAAGUAUAAUGCUCAAGAAAUAAGAAUACUUAAAGUACUGUGUUUAGAUGGAUUAUCAAUCUCCGAUGUGGAAUCAUCUAAAAGACUCUUUUCAAGUUGUCCAGUUCUUGAAACUCUAGAUAUGAUUGAUUGCGAUAUACAAACUGAUAAUCAAAGCAGGAAGUUGAUUGUCGAUUCUCUCAGCCUUAAGAAGUUCUAUUAUUCUGACCAUUGUCAUUUGGGGCAAAAUAAUACUACGGAUAACAUUAUCAAGUUAUGUGCUCCAAAUCUGGAAGACUUCACUUUGAAAUCUUUGUUAAGACAAUAUUAUUCUCUAGAAAGCAGUUUUCCACUGUCCGGGUUAACUUUUGACAUGACAAUCAGCACAAACAAAGAAGAUGAGAAUGCAGAAACAUAUGAAAAUCUGCCUCCGGAGGAAAUAAAAGUAUAUGCUAAACGUAUGAUGCAAUUUCUAGGAGCGGCUUAUAUGGUGCAAGGAAUGAGAUUAUCGUCUGGUUUCCUUGAGGUUGUCUCACAAGCUCCUGACUUAUUAGACUGUCAGCACCCUCGCUUAUAUAACCUAAGAUCUUUGACGCUUGAAAUGUGGUCUACAAGAGGUUGUUUCAUGGCUAUAGCAUGCAUACUCGAGAUUUGUCCUAAUAUAGAUACAAUGUAUAUUGAAUCGAUUGAGUCAAAUGUAUCGAGUGUUGUUAGUGAUGUCUGGGAAGUAGGAUUGUCAUCGAUAGGGAAGUCGUCUCGCCUCAACUCUGUCCAGAUUGAAGAAGUGGAAGGAUGUGAUGCUGAUCUCAGAAUUCUGAGUUUCUUGUUUAGAAAUGCAAAGUAUUUGAAGAGAGUUAUCAUAUACUUUCGUUCUAGUGUUGGCACGCCUGAUAAAGGGAAACAAGUUGAACAAUUUAAGGAUAUGCUAAGAGCAGUUCCUACGGCAUCUUCAAGUAUCGAACUAGUGUUUUAUUAA